AUGGAUAGGUACAAUGAUGAAGACCCUGAUAUUUAUAGCAUGGUACAACCUGUAACACCUAAUGAUUUAUAUGUUUCUUGUACCAUAUUCGAUAUUAAUGGAAAUAUUACAGCUGUUUCUAAAAAGUAUCCUAGAAUGACAUUUUUAAAAGAUAAUUACUUGUUUGCAAGAGAUUUGAGAAAGAUUGAUACAUCCUCCAUUGAUAAUAUUCCAACAAUUAUGGUAAGAUCCCCAAAUACUAUAUUGGUGAAUUUGUCGCAUAUAAAGGCGAUUAUUAAGAAAGAUACCGUUAUGAUCUUCGAUACUUCAACUCCUGCGAUUGCCAAAAGGUUAGGUUUCUUCAUGUAUGACUUGGAAAUGAAGUUGAAAUUACCAUCUGGAAAUGUUCCUUUUGAAUUCAGAGCUUUAGAAACCAUCCUUAUCAGUGUUAUGAGUUAUCUUGAAUCAGAAUUAAAAACUCAUUUAUCUUCUUGUGGUCAGAUCUUGGCAGAGCUUGAAAAUCAAGUCAAUAGAGAUCGAUUACAAGAUUUAUUAAUCCAGCUGAAACAAUUAUCCAGUUAUUAUCAAAAGGCACUUUUGAUUAGAGAUGUCUUAGAGGAGCUUUUGGAUAAUGAUGAAGAUUUAGCAGGAAUGUACUUAACGAAUAUCAAGAAAUUUGAUCCAAAAGUAGAAGAUUAUGAAGAUUUAGAAAUGAUUCUUGAAGCUUAUUACAAGCAAAGUGACGAAUUUGUCCAACAAGCGGGUUCUUUACUUAAUGAUAUUAAAGCUACUGAAGAUAUUGUAAAUAUCAUGUUGGAUGCCAAUAGAAAUUCUCUUAUGUUGUUUGAACUUAAGGUGACAGUAUAUACAUUGGGAUUUACAGUAGCUACAUUAUUACCUGCAUUCUACGGUAUGAAUUUGAAGAAUUAUAUAGAAGAUUCAAAUUUAGGUUUUGGAGCAGUUGUAAUAUUUUCAAUUAUUCAAGGUAUUUUAUUCACGCUUAUAAAUUUCAGAAAAUUACAUAGAGUUCAAAAAUUAACUAUGAUGGGAACUCAUACUUCAGGUAAGAUUCCAAAAUCAAGUCCCAAAUUCCAUCAUAGCUCGAGUCCAGUGGGAACCUUUUAUAAAGAUAAAUGGUAUUAUAGAUUAAUUUAUGGUUCGAGAAAUAAAAAAUAUGAUCCAUCAGUUCAAGAGAAAGAUGCUAUAUGGAGAAUGCUUAAUGACGAUAAACCACAUAAUAAAUAG